AUGACGGAGUCUCAGCAGUUUUCCAGCUCUCAGUUUUCUUCUGUGGAGUGUUGGCAGAAAGUGAUCGCACUUGACGUUUCCUACUUACACAAACGUUCUCGAGCUGCACCUCAUCUAAAUCCUACUCGCUGGAACGUCUAUCUUCGCAGACGAUAUCAGCUCUCACAGAAUGUUCCUGUGACGUUUCCUGUCGAUCGUUCUGAAUACCUCUUCAUCCGGCAGAACCUUCUUGCUCUAAAAUAUGGACCUACCUCGCGAUCACCUUCUAACGCGGGGACAAUUACACCCACAACAGGGACAAUGGCCUAUGAUGUCCUUCAUCUUGAUAAUCAGCAGCGGCACUCACUUUCUUACUUCUCAUCGUCAUCGAACUCUCAACUGCACCUCUCUGAGGCCUCUCCAGACCGUAGGAUUGAAAACGAGCCUCCUGUUAGUAAGGGAUACGCUUUUGCGGGAAUCGAAACCAUCUUUGAUCACCACAAGGAUUCAGUCACGCGAAUACGAUUUGCACACAACGACUCAUAUCGGUUGGCUAUCGCUUCGGCUGAUGGUACAGCGUCGAUUUGUCACAUUUCGAGGUCUACGGAGGAGGAAGCGGGGAUAUCGCAUAAAAUCGAUUACCUUGAGCCGCCGAGUUCCGAUGCCACUCCAGCUACAGUCCCGACGCCGCUGGCGGCGCUGAUGGAUGUAGCAUGGUCACUGGCUAACGAUUUUGUGGCUACUGUUAGUCUGGAUGCCUCGUUGUGCCUUUGGGACGUGCAGCGCCAGGGCUGUCUUACGCGACACUUCCGCGAUGUUGCUUCUCCUGGAGGUGGCCUUCUUGUGUGUGAAUUCCAUCCUGUCAACAACAAUUAUCUCGUUCUCGGAGAUACGCUGGGUCUCGUACAGGUACGGAUCCUUUUGCUUGGCUCCUUGAAACGUGAUGCUCUCAUUUCACAGGUGCUGAAUCUCUCAACUGGCCGAGUUGUAAAAAAUGGUCGUGACAAGUUACACGCUCCGCCGCGGAUGCGAAUAAGGCUGCCUCCCUGCCGCGACCGCACUGAUCUGUCUCACCAUUUGGGUCGAGGCUGCGUCACCGCCCUAGCCUUCGAUCCACACUCAUGCUGUUUAUGGGUAGGCACUGAUCUGGGCGUGAUUCAAGCCUACAGUUGCAGUGAAACUACAGGCACUCUCACUCGUCUAUCCCGCCUUUCCGUUUCUCCACCUCCCUCUACACCUCUUCUACCUAGUGUCACCAGUCUCGCUUUCUGCUCCUGGCUCAGCCACGAAGAUAGCUCCAGCUAUCUCCUCGUCAACGCUGCCGGAGUAGGCCUUCUGUUGUAUCACGCUCGACCGGACAACGGAGAGCUUGAAGUGCACCAACACUUUGAAUUGCCGCACUCACCCCUCUGCAAUCCUCCAGUCACCAACUAUGGUCUCCAUCUUCUUCAUUCUUGCUUCGCUCCGCUCAUCUCCUUCCGCUCCUCAGGCACUGCCUGCGUCAUCUCGGCCAGCGAAGACAAAGGUAGCGUAUAUGUCUUUGAGGUACCAACAAACGCCACUCUCGCACAACACGGGAAACGAAGUGGUGCUGUCGUCACUCGUCUGCAAGGUCACGACUGCGAGGUGGGCCGAACGGUGAUUGACGUGAACUUAAGUUGGGAUGAAAGCUUUUUGGCCUCAGCGGACGAGGCUGGAGUAGUGAUCUUGUGGAAGCGUCAGGCUACGAAUUAA